AUGCAGUGGUCUGACGCCAUGCAAAGGAAGUUCUCGGCCCCGAAUGAGCCAAAUUUUCUCUGCGAUGAGCAAACAAGGCCUACAACUGAAACCAACGAGGACUCUGGUUAUAACCACGCACCUAUCCAAGCCGUUUCAGCCUGGCCGAGUGGCGAGGGGUGGAUGCCGUACGGGCCGAGCGGGUAUUAUGACGCGCCAAAAUUACCUUGCAUUAGUCGUCAAAGCCAGUCCAAUUCCGUCAGUCAGUCAGGAGAUGACAACAACAUCCUACCACGGCUGCUUCGGCAGCAUCUUUCACUACGGAGGAAAUCGGGCAUCUUUUGCGGCAUGGCUGAUAGAUAG